UAUAGAAAUUUAAACAAGUAUAUAAACAGCCGCAGCUAGACAAUAUCAUAAUUUUAACCUGUUGAUAACUCUUAGUGAAAGUUUAAACUAGCAGUAUUAGUUGGGGAAAUUGAAAAUGUUUUUGUUAACCGUUCUUUUUAUUUCUGGCUUGAAGGCAGCUCAUGGAUAUCAAUGUGAAGAUCUUUCCGGUGUCUGGGUUAAUGAACUGAACUCGACUAUGACCAUCGUCAACUUGCCUUUCAAUAAAAUAACUGGCCAGUACAGAACAGCUGUAGAAAGCAACCCAGGAGCUGCUGCUUUCACUUCUAAUCUCACAGGAGCAUUCUUACCUUUCGAGGACGGAUCUUUGCUUUCUUUUACUGUGCUUUAUAAUAAUGGAUCGUCUUUGACGUCAUGGGUUGGCCAGUGCUUAGUGUGUGAUGGACAAGAGAUCAUUUUUACUACUUGGGUACUACAAAGAGCCGUACGAAAUCCUACGGAGCAAUGGAUGGAUACUUUAGUACGCCAAAACACCUUCACUCGAAAGAACAGUGGCAGUGGUAGCCAACCAGGAAGCCAGAUUUCUUCAGUCACAGUGGAAUCAUCCGUAUCUUCUCCUGCCAUGGAAGGUAUAGUUAAAGGAGCUUGGAUAUCAGGCAUUGGUGAUAUUUUAAAUGUUACAAACACUUAUGGAAACAGAACGGCAGGAGGAUUUUAUAAUAAUUUUGAAAUGAUCGGUCAGUUUGAUGGGAAAGAAAAUUUUACAGCAUUUGGAUUCGUUUCUCCGAUAUCUGCUCAAAAAUUUAAAGGAGGAGUUGGUCAUAUAUAUCCGAAUGAUGCAAAUAGACUAGGAGUUUCUUGGCUAGAACAUGAAUUUACGAAAGACUGCGUGAGACCCAGAAGUAGAGUGUUUGUCGGGAUGGAUUAUUAUAUUCGAUCUAAUAGUUAAGGAAGGUUAAAUGCUGUCACAAAAUUCUACUUCGAAAAAACAGGAACUAUUUAGUACACGCAUUAUUGAGAAAAGUUGAUUUUCCAAGUUAAGGAAUAGUAAUAUAAUAGUGUUUUUUAGCAUUUAACUUGAUGUCAUUAUUUUUUUAGUUGUACGUUUUAUGAUUAUAUUUUCGCCAUAUCCACAGUUGAACUUUGCAUUUUGUUUAAUGUUAAAAAAAAUUUCCAGUGCCUGCUUUGCAGUUCCAGAUGCAAGCUAGAAUGGUAUCACAUUCUUAGAUUUCAGUUAGCUUGUUAAGUGGUUGCAGCUUUGAUGGAAAUUACAUUUACUUGCAUGCGUAAUUUCUUUUAUCUGUUGUAAGUGUUCAAUUUCUAAAUAAAAUAUACAUUUCUGACAA